CGCACGGGGGAGGUCGGAAGCACCCAUGGAGGCGAGCAACCUAGCGGUGACGAAUCCGCGCGCCGCGCUUCCCUCCAGUGGCUAUCCCGUCAUGUAAACUUUUCCCAUCUAUGUUCUUCUCCCAUGGUUGUCCUAGGGUUUGUUUGUAGAAUUCCUCGUCACGCUUGGUAGGAUUUGCUGCGUGCCUCUUCCUCCCUCGGUCAAGCCAAACAAAUGAGCCUCCCUGAUUCAUUCUCACUGAUCGCACGUUCUCAAGUAGAUCAGAGCUUUUCGUUUCUUGUGAUAUGCGGCUGCUAUACAUCACGAUGGCUAAGGUCUCUAUUCUUUUUCUUGCUUAUGAGUCAUUCACUGAACAAAAGGCUAAUCAUGCGUGAGUCUAAUCUCGGUUCAUGAUAUUAUCUUGGCUUUGGAAGGUAUUGUUGUUUGUAGAAUUUUCAGCUAGCACUAGAUGAUACUAUAUUAGUUUUCAUAAUUUUGCCUUAAUACAUUAAUGUGUACGUUGCUCCAGCAAUAUUUAGAUGUACUAAUGAUCAUUAGUGGUGCAAUAUUUACUAUAUAUUUUAUGUAUGUGUCGAUCCAUCAUACCUGUUGGACCAACGAAGCCACAUACAAUUGACCCAUCAUACCUUUUGGGUCGACCCGUGGCCUCACAAAUUGGCCCUGACGCCAUAGGUCCAGAUCCAAGGCCAGAUCCGGGCCGACCCAUUCCCAUCCUGAAUUUCGCCAUACUCGUAGAGAGUAACUUGGCCUUUUUUUUAUUCUAUGUCCAUGCUUUAGCUUAAAGGCCCAGUCCAGUCGGUCCAAUCAGCCAGCCCAUAAUAAGUGGACCUAGUUCCAUGGAAACAUGCCAUUGUGAAGUGGACAAUUCCUCUCCCAACUCACCCCACGCACAACAUCGAAAAUUCUUCUCCCAUUGUCCGCCCUCCACCGACAAGAGCAAAGAGCUCUGCGAAUGAGAAUGAGAAUCCCUCCAGAAACUCCCCUCCCGGAACCACAAGCGAUUCGCGAAUGCGAUCUGCUCCUCUGCAGUGUGCUCCCCACCUGAGGUGCCUUUCAUGGAUGCCCAAGCAAAGCAUUAUUGCCGCCCUACCACUUUGUCACUUCCUUCGUGUUCAUGGAGCAGCUUUCUGAACCCCCAAUCGCUAACCCUCUCGUGUCACCAAUCUCUUGAUCCGCACCUACAAGGCUCCACUGACCACUUCUCUAUAAAUCGUACUAGCUCGUGAACCAGCUCGGAGACACACCCGUCACACUCACACUCCACUUCGCACUGGCAGCUCAAAGAUGGACAAGAAAGGAGCGACCCUGCUGCUCUUCCUCGUGCUGCUCGCCGCCGCAGCCGAAGCCGACGCCGUCCACGGCGCCGGGCAGCGCAAGGAGGAAGUCGCUGCCGCCGCUCCGACAACGACGCACCUCCACUUCUACUUCCACGACACGGUGAGCGGCAAGUCGCCGACGGCAGUGCGCGUGGUGGAGCCGCCGCCGGCCGCGGCGUCGUCGUCGUCGCCGACGUCCAUGUUCGGGAUGGUGAACGUGAUGGACGACCCGCUGACGGCGGGGCCCGAGCGGGGCUCCGCCCCCGUCGGCCGCGCCCAGGGCCUGUACAUGGGCUCCGACCAGGCCCGGCUCGGCUUCCUGCAGGCCAUGAACCUCGUCUUCACCUCCGGCGCCCACAACGGCAGCACGCUGGCGCUGCUCGGCCGCAACUGCCCGCUCGACGCCGUGCGCGAGCUCCCCGUCGUCGGCGGCACCGGCGCCUUCCGCUUCGCCCGCGGCUACGCCCUGCUGCGCACGCGCUGGCUCGACGCCCGCACCGGCGAUGCCACCGUCGAGUACGACGUCUACGUCAUGCACUAGCACGGACGGAGGGAGUUUGGCCGACAUGAGAUUACCAUUUGCAAAGAUGAUAAUGGACUAAUGGUGUCACUGAUGAAGGCUUUUCAAGCGUGAUGCUGUACCAUCAGAAAGUGUUUGCUUUUUUUAUUUUUCACAAAUCAGCCUUCCUCUUUUCACGGCUUGUAGCUUGCGUGUUCCGUGUCCAUCAGAAGGUUCUGAGCUUUUUUUUUUCGGAAAAGAAGCUUCACGCAAAUCUGAUGGAGAUUAUGUUGGCCUCUGAAAAAUGAAGCACUAGCAUCUACUCCAUCUGUUUCAAAAUAUAGGUCGUUUUGGUU